UCCUCGGACGCGGCCGGCACGCCCCGGCCAGCUCCCGGCCGGCCCCCUUUCCCGGCCCGCGCCCCCGGCCGCCCUGCCGGCCCCCUGCUCCCUGCCCCCGCGGCCCCCGCGUCCGGGCAUGAUGUGCCUGGAGGGCGGCUCGGCGGCGGGCGGCGGCGGCCCGGCGGGCUGCGCGGAGGAGGACGAGGAGGGCGACGCGGCCGUGGCCGUGGCUGUGGCCGUGGCCGUGGCGGCGGCGGCCAGGCCGGAGCCGGAGCAUCAGCGCCUCGGUCGGGGCCGGGGCCGGAGCCGGGGCUGGGCCAGCGGCGGGGAGCUGGGGCCGGGGCCGGGCCGCCGCUGCGGGGCCGGGGGCGCCCGCUGGCCCCAUGACGAAGUGCAGACGCUAUCUGGCAGUGUGCAGCGGGAGCCCCCUGGGCCCGGGUCCGAGGGCGGGGGGGGCCCGACGGCCGCCAAGGGCCUGGCCCAGGCUGCCGGCCCACAGCCCAAGCCCGGAGCCCGCCUGGGCCGAGCGCGGGUGGCCGCUGCCGCCAUCCUCAGCGUGGGCAACGUCCUCAAUUACCUGGACAGGUACACCGUGGCAGGGGUCCUUCUGGACAUCCAGCAGCACUUCGGGGUCAAGGACCGAGGGGCCGGCCUGCUGCAGUCAGUGUUCAUCUGCAGCUUCAUGGUGGCGGCCCCCAUCUUCGGCUACCUGGGCGACCGCUUCAACAGGAAGGUCAUCCUGAGCUGCGGCAUCUUCUUCUGGUCGGCCAUCACCUUCUCCAGCUCCUUCAUCACCCAGCAGUACUUCUGGCUCCUGGUCCUGUCCCGUGGCCUGGUAGGCAUCGGAGAAGCCAGCUACUCCACCAUCGCCCCCACCAUCAUCGGCGACCUCUUCAACAAGAACACGCGCACGCUCAUGCUGUCCAUCUUCUACUUCGCCAUCCCCCUGGGCAGUGGCCUGGGCUACAUCACGGGGUCAAGUGUGAAGCAGGUGGCCGGAGACUGGCACUGGGCGCUGCGGGUGUCUCCCGUCAUGGGGAUGGUCACUGGGACCCUCAUCCUCCUCUUCGUGCCCACGGCACAGAGGGGCCACGCGGAGCAGCUCGGGGGACAGCUCAAGGCCCGAACCUCCUGGCUCCGGGACAUGCGUGCACUGCUCCGGAACCGCAGCUACGUCUUCUCCUCGCUGGCCACUUCGGCCGUGUCCUUCGCCACCGGAGCACUGGGCAUGUGGAUCCCCCUGUACCUGCACCGGGCCCAGGUGGUGCAGAGGACAGCUGAGACCUGUGGUCACCCGCCCUGCGAGACCCGGGACAGCCUCAUCUUCGGAGCCAUCACGUGCUUCACGGGUUUCCUGGGGGUGAUCACGGGGGCCGGAGCCACCAAAUGGUGCCGCCUGAAGACGCAGCGGGCAGACCCUCUGGUGUGUGCCGUGGGCAUGCUGGGGUCCGCCAUCUUCAUCUGCCUCAUCUUUGUCGCAGCCAAGACCAGCAUCUUGGGGGCCUAUAUCUGCAUCUUCGUUGGGGAGACGCUGCUCUUCUCCAACUGGGCCAUCACGGCUGACAUCCUGAUGUACGUAGUCAUCCCCACGCGCCGAGCCACUGCGGUGGCCCUCCAGAGCUUCACGUCGCACCUGCUGGGAGAUGCGGGCAGCCCCUACCUGGUGGGCUUUAUCUCAGACCUGAUCCGCCAGAGCACCCGCGAGUCGCCGCUCUGGGAGUUCCUGAGCCUGGGCUACGCGCUCAUGCUCUGCCCCUUCGUGGUGGUCCUGGGGGGCAUGUUCUUCCUCGCCACGGCCCUCUUCUUCCUCAGCGACCGGGCCCAGGCUGAGCAGCAGGGCCCUCGGGAGUUAGCGAGCUGAGGCUGGCACUGGGCCACCCCGGCCAGCUGGUGGUGGCAUCCAGGGUGAAUCAGCUGAUCAUGCCCCCGCCCUCGGUGAAAGUGUGACUGGGGUAAGGAGGGGGUCCCUGGGCAGCCUGGGAGGUCCCGCGCGGCCCCCCUCCCUCCGUCCAGGAGCCCCGCCAGGAGAGGGGGUGAAGCGGCCGGAGGCGGAGUGACCCAGAGCCGAGCUCGGCCAGACACGCCCCGCCCCCUCCUAGGGGGCACGUGGCGGCGGCGGGAGCGCCAGGGCGGAGCCUAGAACACGCCCCGCCCCCUGGCCGGGAGGAGGCCUCUUGCCGGGAAGGGGCGGCUGGAGGCCGAAGCCCCCUCGGGUUGUCCCGUGUCCGCCCCGGUGCCAGGCUGGCCCCCAACGCUUCCCGGCACAGGAGGAGCUCCCCAGGAACUGAGGGCGAGCCUGGGUCACGGGAUCGCUGCCCCAUGACGUCAUGGAAGCGCAGGCUCAUGGGAUGUGGGCGGGACUGGCUUGGGCCCAGCUUUCUUGUCGUACAAGAACCGUUGCGGGUUUCCUGACUUCUCUCAGGGAGCGGAGGAGGCUGCUUGAUUUUGCAGAGCGGCCGGGGAGAAGGGGGCGGGGGGCGGGGGGCGGGGGGCGGCGACCUUUCUGGCCAUAAUAAAGCGAUUUCAGGCCGUGU